CGACGACAAGCCUUCACUCCUCCCCAUCGCAAACUCAAUAUCCGCAUCCGCCCUUGCCUUGAGCAAUAGCAGGAGCUCCACGAUCGCUACUUCCUCACGACCGACACUCGCCAUUGCUAUUGCUAUUGGAAUAAUCUACCACAUCGUUUCAUAAUCCAUUAUCUUGCCAUCUUCUCCAGAGGCCGCGCCCGCAGCAGCAAGAGGGUGCUUUCGCUCAUCCCCCAACCCAGCAAAACAUCCAUACAAAUAGUAAUAUCAAGACUGGAGGGGCAGGCAGAGCUGAAGACAUAUCUACGGGAAGGAUAGCAUCGGAUAGGCAAGAUGGGUUUCGGGGACUUUGAUUCAAUAUGUCGAAAGGCACAAAUACCAUUAUGUGCCGUCGUCGGCCAUUACUCGACAGUCACGGAUUCUUAUGGGAUCGAGGCCGAUUGUUUUGCGCGUAAUAUUGAGUUGGCAAACACCAUUAUCUUCCAAGGUGCUGCAUCGUUUAUGCAUAUUGUCGCCCUCAUCAUGACCGUCAUUAUGAUCCUGCACGUCCGGAGUAAAUUUACUGCUGUUGGUAUGUUCCCAGAGCCAUGUUGAUAUCGAUGUCGAGGUAUUUAUACUGACAUGCACCAUCGUAGGCCGCAAGGAAAUCAUCGCUUUCUUCUACCUCUACAUGUCCCUGACCUUUAUCUCCCUCAUUCUCGAUUCUGGUGUCGUCCCCAGUGGCAAUGAAGCUCAUCCAUACUUUGUUGCAGUGCAAAACGGGCUUACAUCAGCACUAUGUGUCUGUUUGCUCAUCAAUGGCUUCGUCGGUUUCCAAUUAUACGAGGAUGGUACUACACUAUCGGUCUGGAUGAUGCGCACCAUAAGUUUCGCCUUCUUCAUCAUCAGUUUUAUGUUUAGUCUCGCGACUUUCAAAAGUUGGGCUGGUCUUGGUCCUACGACAACGAUUGGCCUUUUUGUGGCCGUGUAUUUGGUUAAUGCCAUCGCACUGGCCGUAUAUAUUAUUAUGCAAAUCAUCCUCGUGGUCAAUACCUUGGAAGAUAGAUGGCCAUUGGGAGAUAUUACUUUCGGGGUAUUCUUUUUGAUCAUGGGGCAGGUCAUCUUGUACGUUUUUGGUGAGGAUAUCUGCAACGCGGUUGCACAUUAUCUUGAUGGGCUAUUCUUUGCUACCAUUUGCAAUUUGCUCGCAGUCAUGAUGGUUUACAAGGUUUGUUUACCCUUUUUGAUUUCUCAGAUUAAUAUCUGGAAACAUAUGAUACUAACUUACAUUACAGUACUGGGACUCCAUCACCCGCGAAGACCUUGAGUUCUCCGUUGGAACGAAGCAAAACAAUUGGGAGGUCAAGGAACCAUUAAUGGAAGACGAUCGACGAAACACCAUCUACCAAGAUCAAGAUUCCAGUGCCAUGUACAACGUUCAACAAUCACAUGGAAACAGAAACUCCAACUACGGGGGGUUUGCGUACUGAAACUUUUUUUCUUUUGGCAAAAAUCAAAACUCGACACCGACAGGACAGGACAGGACAGGACACUUCAACGGUUUGGAAAAACCAUAAACGGGGAUCGAAAUGUUUGAACAAAGAAAGCAUCGCGCUGGGGGAUAUGCAUGAGGCGUAAUUGAAAGCUUGGAUAUCGAAAUUUGUAAUUUGACGAUUCUUGGCUGUACAGAACACAGGCAUUUGCUUUUUUGUUUUUUUGGUCGCUCCUUUACAGUGGAACUGGAUGGAAUAGGACUGGCGGCGUACUUUGGAUUUUCCCGGAAGAAAGAGCGGCUUGGUCAAUGGGUGCCUGUCUUAGAUUAUAGGUGCCAUUGCUUCUGGCUUUGUAGAUAGUAAGCCCUGCGGGCGAGAAAUAUAAUAUUUGGUUUUUUAUGAAUA